GUUCCGUAACUGACUCAGCCGAGGUACGGGCACCCGUGAGAGGAAGUCAUAAGAAUUCCACGUUUUCCAAGGGAAGCUGUGCGCACCAUGGACUAGGGGAACAGUGCCAGCCGCUGUUACUGGCACCGUCCCUUCAUCCCGCACACAAGCUGACCUGAGCAGGGGUGUACCGAGACAUAACAGAAAGCAAAACAGCCUAAAACACGUUUCACACGCUACCACUCGUGGAACUCACAAAUGUAUCCAGUGUGGAAAGAUGGGGACUCCCGAUACAGAGACUGUUGGACAGGUGGCGAAGUUACAUUUGAUGUGAAAAACGAUGCACCCACCCUGACUGGCUCAAAGGCAACCUUUAACAUCAACCUUCGCCUUCCGUCAAACCAGACAGUACGUCCUGAUGGACAGGUGGUGUGGGUGCAUAACUGCACUGUCAAUGGAACACAGUACCGUCAGGGCCAGGCUGUGUACCCCGACCAGGUCUCUGGUCAUUCAGGAGAGUACAGUGGUGUCUUCCCUGAUGGCACCCCCUUCACUGGGACAGCAGACAGGAAACCCCACUACGUGUUUGUGUGGACAACAUGGGGACGUUACUGGCAGGUGGCAGGCGGACCCUCCUCUUCUCUCACCAUCGGCACAGACAAUGUGCCCCUAGGCUCUUACAACAUGGAGGUGGUCAUCUACCACUGCCGUGGCAAGGACAAGUUCAUCCCUCUGGGCUACUCCUCCACAACCUUCUCCAUCACAGACCAGAUCCCCUUCACGGUGUCGCUAACCCAAAUUAACGAUGUGAACCAGGCUGACCAGAGCUUCAUCCAGAACCGGGCCGUUGUCUUCAGCAUCAGCCUCCAUGACCCCAGCCAGUACCUCAGCACCUCAGACGUCACCUUUAACUGGGACUUUGGUGACAACAGCGGCACCCUCAUCUCCAAGGAGCGCCAGGUCACACACAUGUACCUCACUGCUGGCACCUACAGGCCUCAGGUGGUCCUGAUGGCAAGCAUCCCCAACGGCUGUGACACGCCUGCAGACCCCACCACUGCUAACCCCACUGUAUUGGCCAGAGCCCCUGCCAUGGUUGUGGUGGUCUCUACCCCAGAGGCAGCUCCAGCUGACAUCGCCCUGGAUCUACUCGCCUCUGAUGUUGCCCCUGCUGAGGCUGCAGAUACAGUUGCAGCCAAUGACACAGAUGCAGUAGAAGCCGAUGCCGCAGCCGAACCCACUGCCGAAGGCACAGCCUCAGAGGGAGUCGAGGUGGUUGCCACAGUGGCCCCUGCGGCAGAGGAUGCCACCGUUGUCCCAGCAGCAGAAGAUCCAGCUGUUGUCCCGGCAACAGAGGACAAUGCCGCUGUCCCUGCAGUAGAAACCGACGCCACAGCAGAAAACACGGCUGCUCCAGCCGUUGAGAACCCCGUCGCUGUCCUGGCUGUGGAGGGAGCCACAACUGUCGCUCCAGCAGCUGAAGAGGCAGCUGCUGAAACCUCAGUGGUAGAGGCUACGGCCGCAGAUGUGCCCAUCAUCGACGCUGCUGCUUCAGUAGCUCCAGUUGCAGAGGGAGAGGAGGCUAUAGUGGACCUGGUUGCCACAGUCCUCCCAGAGAUCCCAGUCGUAGCCUCCGUUGCUGCCACGGCGGAGGAGGCCUUGGUUGCCGAUACUGGAGUGGAGGUUGCGGCUGCAACACAGGUGGCCCAGGCUGAGAUGGUGGCCCCUGCUGCUAACGUCAUUGUUCCUGCCGACACUGAGGCUGCCGCUGUGGUGGAGGUGGUGCCAGCUGAACCUGCUCUUGAGACCGAGGCAGCGCUAGAGGCAGAGGUCGUAGAGACUGUGAAUGAGGUUGCAGCUGACGACACUGCCGCGCCAGCAGCAGUGACUGCUCCAGUGGAGAGUGAGGUAGCAGCAGAGGUUGAGAUAGAGUCAGGCACAGAGACACAGGUGGCUCUUGUUGUGGCUAAAAGGCAGGUUCCGGAACUUACAGCAACUGACAACUGUAUGAUCUACCGCUAUGGCUCCUUCUCGACCUCAGUGGAUGUCGUCCAGGGUAUUGAGAGUGUGGAGAUCACCCAGGUGGCCAAUGUGGUGUCUCUGGCCACUGAGGUGGUGCAGAAUGCUGUGGACCUGACCAUAACCUGCCAGGGGAGCCUGCCCAAUGAAGUGUGCACCAUUAUCUCGGACGCAGACUGCAUCACCCCUGUAGAGACCGUUUGUAACAACGUGACACCCUCCCCAGAUUGUCAGAUGAUACUUCGACAGUUUUUCAACGAAUCUGGAGUGUUCUGCAUCAAUGUAUCCCUGACAAAUGAUGUUAGUCUGGCUGUGGCCAGUGCUAAAGUCAGUGUGACAGUGGGCUCCAACUCCUCCACAGCAGGCACUGUGGCUGCGGUUCUGGGUGUCUUGGUCCUUGUCUGUGUUGUUGGUGCCAUUGCUUUGACCUACAAGCGGUUUAAGCAGUAUCGCCCACUGAGGGAGGACUCCACAGGUGGCAGCAUGGGCAGCUCUGGAAUCACGUCUGUGCCGAUGCUGCUGUGGAAUCUUCUGAGCCAACAGACACCAGGAGAAAGAAGCCCACUGCUUCAGGGAAGCGUGGUGUGAACACUCAGAACCAUCUGCAAUGAUACAGCACAAACCCUUGCAUGUAAAUAUCACUCAGACACACACAUCCACUCAGCAUGCAUGUGUACCCAUAAAGACACAUACUGUACACUUGCAGACUCAGACACACACAGCCACCCUAAUGCGGAGACAAACUGCAACAAGAACAAGCAAUAUAAAGCAGUUGUUUUCUGUAUUGUUACACUGAAAGCAAAUUUAAUAAAAAUUACAAUGUUUUUCAACAUAGAACAAAAAAGAAACCCCCAAAGGCAAAAUUAA